UAGUGAACACGUUGAACUUUGAAGGUAAACAGGUCGUCCAUAAUAAGGUGCCCCGGUAUUAGGUACCUUACGUUGUGACGGUCUUUCCCGGUUUAGCGCAAGGGUGUUGGGGACCUAAGGAACGAUCGCCGCACCGCAGGUUGGCACCUUCUGCCCCGCAGUGCCAUGGCCCCUAGCAGGUGACCCCGCCAUGAUGCAGUCACACACAGCUGGAGCCUGUACCGCCUGGGAGCACAGCUGGCACAUGAAACUGUCCUCUCUCGCGCCAAAACUUCUUCCCCGCCAUUCCCACCUCGCAAGCUUGAACAGAGCUCCAAGAAGCUCCCACCAACCCCCCCGAAAAUCGACCAUCCCACCACAAACCGUCGAAUCGAGGACACCAAGAUGCCUGCCGAAGAGUCCAAACCCCUUGACCCGGCCGUCAAAGACGCCAACGAUACCCUUGCCGAGGCGAGCGACAAGGGCAAGGGCAAGGAAGUCGAGGUCGAGUCCGAGGACGAAGAGGAGGAGGAUGCGCCUGAGACUGCGCCCGGCGCAACUGCAGAUGCUCCCAAGAAGAAGAAGAAGAAGUCCAAGAGAAAGAAGGUCAAGGAUGCGCUCACCGGCAAGCCCAGCGAUCCGGAGGCUGCCAUCAAGGAGGCCAUCGGUGGCCUGACGCCCCAGCAGCUUACCGAGCUUCUCGCCCUGAACCCGGCUUUGGCGAAUGAGCUCGGCGUUGGAAGUUCUAGCAACAAGUCGGCCGAAGAGACCGCUGCGGCGAUGAAGAACUUGAACCUGCAGGAUAUCAUGACGGGCCUGGCCUCGGCUGGCAAGAACGCCAAGGAUAUGGCAAGCUACAAGUUCUGGGCCACGCAACCCGUACCCAAGUUUGGUGAGGCGGAGGCCAAGAUUGAGGAUGGGCCAAUCCGCAUUCAGAAGGUGGAAGAGGUCCCUACGGAAGCGUCGCCAAUGGUGGCUGGCUUCGAGUGGGUUACAAUGAACCUCGAGGACGAGGGUGAGAUGAAGGAGGUGUACGAGCUACUCAACGGCCACUAUGUCGAGGAUGACGAGGCCAUGUUCCGCUUCAACUACUCGCCAGCUAUGCUUAAAUGGGCUCUGAUGGCUCCUGGCUGGCGCAAGGAGUGGCACGUCGGUGUUCGCGCGACACAGUCUAGAAAGCUCGUCGCCUUCAUUUCCGCCAUCCCCGUCAAUUUGCGCGUGCGCAAGAAUGUUGUCACUUGCUCCGAGGUCAACUUCAUGGUUGUCCACAAGAAGCUCCGCGGCAAGCGUCUGGCCCCCGUGCUCAUCAAGGAGAUCACGCGCCGUAGCAACCUGCGCGAGAUCUGGCAGGGUCUCUACACUGGUGGUGUUGUGCUGCCCAAGCCCGUCAGCACAUGUCGUUACUUCCACCGCGCCCUCAACUGGCAGAAGCUGUACGAGGUCGGUUUCAGCCCGCUGCCCCCCAACAGCAAGCCGCAGUACCAGAUUCGCAAGUACCAGCUUCCGGAUAACACGUCGACCAAGGGCCUCCGUGAGCUCCAGGAGAAGGACCUUGAUGCCGCAAACGAACUUCUGGCCAAGUACUUGAAGCGUUUCGACAUGGCCCCCGAGUUCUCCAAGGACGAGUUCAGGCACUGGUUCCUGCACGACAAGAAUGCCCCUGGCGAGCAGGUCAUUUGGACAUAUGUCGUCGAGACCAAUGGAAAGAUUACCGACUUCUUCUCCUUCUACUGCCUCGAGUCUACUGUCAUCAACAGCUCAAAGCACCAGGUCGUCCGCGCCGCCUACCUCUGGUACUACGCCUCCGAAGUUGGCCUGGCCACGCCCCUCGACAAGGCCUCCCUGAAGACACGGUUGAACUCCCUUAUCGGCGACGCCCUGAUCUUGGGCAAGAAGAACAAGUUCGACGUCUUUAAUGGCCUGUCCCUGCUCGACAACGGCCUCUUCCUGGAACAGCAGAAAUUCGGCCCCGGUGACGGUCAGCUCCACUACUACCUCUUCAACUACCGUGCUGCCCCUAUUGCUGGCGGCGUGGACCGGAGAAACAAGCUUGACGAGGAGAACCUGAGUGGCAUUGGCUUGGUAAUGUUGUAAGUAGCAUGAGGUUAUGAGCGGACGAGGGAGAUGGAAAACCCAAGGGUGGUGAGCACAGCGAAAAGCUGCAUGCAUACCGGCGUUAGGGGAUGAAUGUGAGGUGUCACAGUAA